UGAAAACCUCAAGAACCUCCUCUGGAUUGAUCAGUAGUAAUUGUAUUAAGCAAAAUUAUCUAGGUUGCCUGUUACCUUGAUACCUACCUCGCCGACCCUUCAUCUCCUACCUAGUUCUAGUUCUAAGCGUGCCUUUACUUCGUAUAUCCCCAGUCUUCAAGCUCCGCACUAUCUAUCACACCCGGGUGUGUCGUUAGAAGACGUCAAUGAUCGGCGAACUUCCGACCUUCGGUUACCAGUCUACUUAGGUACCUUUCUGACCUGACCUACAACCUACCUUGACAAAAUCCCUUCGGUUGGAGCUUCAUUAGAUGUUCGCCAACUCCCCCACCUAAGCCUCUUGCACCUCUCUACUACCUACUCAAGGAGCUGUGCUCCAACACACUCAAGAAAAUGGCAGACCACCAAACGACCAAAAUUGACAAAUCAAAUCAUCUUCUUUUGGACCAAACCCUCCUUAGACUACCGUACGAUCUUAUGCGCAAAAACUUUCGAAAUGCCCACUUUGUCGUCGAACACGAGUCCAAAGCUGUCACCAAGCUGCUCAAGGACACGGCCACCGGCUCGCUAAAGGGCAAGCACUCGUCCGAGGAUGUGCUAAAGAACAUAGACGCCAUGCUGGCCAAGGCCAAGGGUAUCAAGCGGAAGUUGCAGGCAUGCUCCGAGGAGGAGGCCCGGCUGUACCGGCAGCUCGGUGCCCGGAUCAAGCACGUAGGCGAGGUGGUGUCGAUGGAGACGGUGGACGACGUGAGGUACGAGCAGUGGUCCAGGACGCGCCUCGACCGGCUGAUUGUAGACUACCUGCUCCGCCACGGAUACAACGAGAGUGCCUGUGCCCUGGCCGACGAUCGGGGCAUACGUGAUCUGGUCGACAUCGAUACGUUUAUUCACAUGAGCAAGAUCCAGGAAAGCCUGGCCAACAGGAGCGUCACAGAGGCCCUGGCGUGGUGUCAUGAGAACAAGAAGGAGCUUAGGAAGAUUGAUAGUAAUCUUGAGUUCAUGCUACGGUUUCAACAAUACAUCGAGCUUGUUCGCUCCCAGACGCUACCGAAAGUUCUCGAGGCCAUCACACACGCGAGAAAGUACCUCAUUCCCUUCAAGGAGACUUACCCGCAUGAGGUCAACCAGGCGGCCGGCCUGCUGGCGUACCCGCCUGAGCAAACAAGCGACUCGUACAGCGACCUGUGGGGCCAGGAGCGCUGGGAAAUGCUCAGCACACUCUUCAUAGAGACUCACCACCGCCUGCUCUCCCUACCAUCCUUCCCACUCUUACACAUUGCCCUGUCGUCCGGGCUCUCGGCGCUCAAGACACCCGCUUGCCACACGGCCGGCGCCCGUGACUUGGCCGACACUCCCAACUCGGCCCCGGGGAGCUCGUUGGACUCGUCCAUGUGCCCAAUCUGCUCGGCGGAGCUCAACGAGCUGGCCGAGAAUGUACCAUACGCACAUCACAGCAAGAGCCACGUCGAACACGACCUUGUGCUCCUCCCCAAUGACAGGGUAUACGGAAAGGCGCGGCUCGAGGAGUACGCCAGGAAGUCGAACCUGGCUCAGAACUGCGUCAAGGACCUCCGCACUGGAGAGAUCUUCCCGGCCUCAAAGACGAAAAAGGUCUUCAUCACGUGAGACGCCCAUGGAAGAAAGGCAGGUGAUUUGUGUGUGUUUUGUAAUGCCUGGCUUGGGUUGCAUAUCUAUGCUUGGGUUUUCUUGCAAUGGCUUGAUGUUAUAAAGGAGUACCGGUGGAGCCUCGGGCGUCUGGUUUUUAUCUGCUUUUUAUCUUUGGGCUUCACGGGAAUUGGAUUUAUGGCGUACAGGUUCGGGGGAUUAGGUCGGAGCGGCACUCACUUAGCCACACUCGUAAACCAGUAUCAUAUCAUGUUAAAUAACACAGCGAGUUGAAUUUUACAA